AAAUUUUAAUAAUCAUUAAUCUAACACAAGUUCAACAUUUUAAGUAGGUACCUAUUUGAUGUAGGUAAGUAAGAACCACUAAACCGUGGUGCAUUUAAGAUAUCUCUCCCGAAUUGGUGAUUACUGAUUCCCAAAGAAAUAAACAAUUUUGUUUUAUUGUCAGAAUGAUUUGUGCUUUUUAUGAAACAGUUUUUGGUCAAUUUAAAUUAGGUAAAUUAUUUCUUUGACCAUUUUCGAAUUUUAAUUUUUAACAAAAUUGUGAUAUAUUUCUAACGUGACUACUGUAUCCUGUGUGUGAUCGACUGGUCGUCAUGGGAGAUUUUUAUACUCAUUAUUCAAAUGUAAGUUUGAUAAAGUAUUUUCAUUACAUAAAUAUUUAAUAUUAAGAUUGGUAAUUAAUAAUGACUUGUAUUUCAAGAAUCGUAACUAUAUCGAAAACAUACUUGAACCGAGGUGCCCGGGCUACUAUUGUGGUCGACGGGAUUUAGGAAAUGGACGUACCAGCGAAUGUGGCUCCUGUCCGCCGGGCACAAGAGUCAAUUCAUUUCACAUAUGCCAACAAUGCACAGACUCUCCUACUUCAUACGAUUGGAUGUAUCUAUUAUUUAUGGCUACUGUGCCUCUGUUAUUCCAAGCUGUGUACAUAGACCUGUCGCUGUCAUCAUUAACGUGGGCAUCUCAAGCAAAAAAGUACAAACUUAAAUAAUUUAAAACUACAGUUUCUACAAAUUCAAAAUAGUCAUUAAAAACAUAGAUACUUUUUUUCUUUGCAGUGAUAUUUCUAGGAAGAAAAUUUUAACAAAAAUUGUCUUAAAUAUUUCGGCAAUACUGGAAGUGGUUAUCGCAGCAACUAUGGCAAUUCUAGCUGUCGACCCAAGAGGUGAAUUAUCAAUUCGAUCAUGUCAUACCAAAUGGCUUUCUGAUUGGUACACAUAUUUGUUUAAUCCAACUCCAGAUUACCAUGAACCUUUGCGGUGUACUCAAGAAGCCGUCUAUCCUUUGUAUGUUUUAUUAUUUCAUAUUUUAUACUAUUGCUGGUUAAGCAAUACAACUUAUUACCAAUCUUUGUAACAAAAAUGUGUCCAUUCGUUAGAAAUUUAGUAAAUUUGUUUGGUACACUUUUUGUAUUAUAAGAAACUACAUUCAGUGUAAAUGUAGAUACAUAAUUAAUAUAUAAUUUGAAAAUACUUAUGUGUUUUAAUGGUCAAUUUUCAGGUAUUCUAUAAUUUUUAUUUUCUAUUUCACUUCUAUAUUUGUUCUACUUACUGUACGUCCAUUGCUGUGCAGUUAUUUUGAUCUUAGUGGAGGGACAUAUUUGAAUACUGUUUAUGCUGGUUUAUAUUUUUUUCCUGUAGCAGUUGUAAUUCAUGCAUUUUUUGGAGGCGUCAUUUGUAAGUAUAUAUAAAUAAAACAUUUUAUUGUAUUAAAUAUGUUUACAUAUAUGUAUUUUUUUUUAUAGAUGUUACCUACCCUUAUAUAGUAAUUGUUGUUUCUGUAAUAUCAAGCGCAAUCCAUUUUGCUACAGAAAUAAAUCAGGUAUUUUAUAAUUGUAUCAUUUAUAAAUAAAACACUACUAAUUUUAAAUAAUUCAUUAACAGUCUACCAAGUAUUUAAUUUUAAACACUGUAUGUGUACCGAGAAACAUCCUGAUUGUUGGUGUGCAUUGGAUCUGCCACGGAUUCGGCAUUGUCGCCAUUACUCAGUUGGCAAAUCCACCAGUGGACUAUGUUUUAUUGAUGCUCAUACCAUUGCCCACUAUUUUUUAUAUAGUAACUACACGAAUAAGUGAACCAUCAAAGAUUCUUGUAUUGUAAUCACCAAUUAGUAAGUAUUGUAUUUAUAAAAAAAAUAAAAAUAACUAUACAUUUCAUUAAUAAAUAUUUUACCUAUUUGAUAUUUAAUCACCGAUGUAUUAUUUGUCUACAGUCCAGUAAAUCGAAUAGAUUCAAGAUGUGUUAUAUGUUCCUAUAUGUUUAAAAUUAACUCUCUUAUCUACGUCGGGAUGAAAGAGACAACAUUUGAAAUAUUUUAAAUAUCUGCAGAAAGCAGUUGCUGUUCAAUAAAGCUCUAUAGUAAAUUUUAUAUUGUUUAGAUGCAAAAUUUUUUAUUUUUUAUUUGUUCAGAAAUCUUGUUUGGUUUUUAAGUUUGUGUUGAUAAUAAUAUUAAUUGUUUAAGUGUAAAU